AGUGCGCGCGCGCGCGUGCGUGUGUGCGUGUGUGUGUGUUUGAGUGAGUGAGUGAGGGGGGAAGAAAAAAGAAAAGCAGAGAACAGGAGAAAGGGAGAGCUGAGAGCUGCAGUGUUUGACCAGGUCUGAACACGGAAUCGGGUGCACACCUUAAGUCGCGGAUUGUUGCUUUUUUUUUUUCAAGCAGCGGAUAUUUUUUGGAAGACCGGAGUGUGCUGGAACAGUAAGGAACUCAUCCGGGAUCGCGAGUUCCGACUGGGAAUUUUCUCUAUGGAAUUAACCUGCCGAGGAGCUUCAUUCAUGUGACCAUAGAGAGGGUCUGAAUUGGUAUUAAAGUCCGCCUGAGAACGCUGAAGUUUUUUUUUUCUUUCAUUAAUAAUUACAGUAGUUUUUUUAUGACUUGGUGUUAAGUGUCGGUCGCCCUUUCCCCCCCUCUGGUCAGCGUCCAAUAUGCGCGGUAUAUACUUGUUCUCCUCAGAACAUGAACUAGUGCGUUAAACAGAUUUUACACGCGCGUCUGACGGCACGACCGACGGCAUUCGCGCUUGAAUGCAUUUCGUUUCCAGUGCUGUGUUGCAUUUCAUGUACGCUGUGUGUAUGUUAAUGCUGCCCGAGAACGUGCUUUUAAACCCCAUGUUGUGGUUCUGUUCCCGACCCACGGUGCUCUGCUGUGCGCGCUCUGCACAGCACUCGGCCAAGCUUAAUGUUGCACAAGCUGAAACCCAGUUGUGAACGCCUGCGAUCGGAACAGAAUUAAAACCCAAAAUAAAACACCCAUUCAGAUUUUUAAAGUGUCGUAUGUUCAGGACGAAACGCUCAGGUCUCGUGCGGCGACUCUGGAGAAGCCGUUUGGUUCCAGAUAACGAGGAGGGUGACGCCAAUGGCAAGAGCGGAGACUGCUGUCGGGACGAUGUCGGUGACCGACCGGAGAAAAUCGGCAAAACCGAGUUCGGUGCGAUGACACCGAGCGGCUCGGCCGGUGCGGGGUUCGGCGGGGAAGUGUGUUCCAGCGCCGGCUGGGGGGUGACUUUGGACCAACGCGGCGGCGCUGUGGUGAGCGUUCCGGAACGGGGAAGCCCCCGGUCGUCGCGGGACAUCGACAGCAGGACCGUGACGUGCUGCUUGUUCAAAGACAGGGACUCUUCCGGACCUCCCGGAAGCUCGGAAUCGGCGAUUGUGGCUCGCGUGAAGGAGCCGGGCUCGUGUCAGUGGUCGCCUCGGAGUCCCGGCAGCUCCUCAAUCGAGAGUCCCGAGGCAAAACGGCGCAGCUUGGCGGAGCAGGAGCUCAAGGCCGCCACGUACUCGCUGCUCAAGCGGUUGAAGGAGAAAACGUUGGAUGCGUUACUCGAAGCCGUGGAGUCCCGAGGCGGAGUGCCGAGCGAAUGCGUGAUGGUGGCUCGGGGAGAGCAGCGUCUGGGUGCUAAUGCGGCUCCGCCGCAGCUUCUUGUGUGUAAGCUGUACCGAUGGACCGACCUACAUCACACGGCGCAGCUCAAAGCGCUCUACGAGUGCAAGAGCUUCGGCGGGCGCGACGGACCGCUGGUCUGCUGCAACCCCUAUCAUUACAGCCGCCUGUGCGGGCCAGAGUCGCCUCCUCCUCCCUACUCAAGACUUUCCCCUAGUGACGAACACAAGCCACUGGAUCUGUCAGAUUCCACACUGUCUUACACUGAAAUGGAGGCUGCCAGCUCACCAAACAUCACCCAAGGGGAAUUCUCAGAUGCCAGCUUGUCGCCAGACACCCCUAAGCAGAGCCACUGGUGUAGCGUGGCAUACUGGGAGCACCGGACUCGAGUGGGUCGCCUCUACCCAGUGUAUGAGCCCUCAGUAAGCAUCUUCUAUGACCUACCUCAGGGCACGGGCCUGUGCCUGGGCCAGCUGGGCGGCGAGCACCGCGGUGGCUCUGCUCAGCGCACACGCAGCAAAAUAGGUUACGGCCUGCUGCUUAGCAAAGAGCCGGACGGUGUGUGGGCUUACAAUCGUAGCCAGCACCCCAUUUUCGUAAACUCACCAACGCUGGAAGCACCAGGAGGUCGCGGCCUGCUUGUACGUAAAGUCAUGCCCGGAUUUUCCAUCAAGGUGUUUGACUAUGAGCUCUCAGCUCGGCUACUGCUGCGCCACGAAGCUGAGCCCGCGCUACCAGAUGGGCCAUAUGACCCCAACAGUGUGCGCAUCAGCUUUGCCAAGGGCUGGGGACCGUGCUACUCGCGCCAGUUCAUCACCUCCUGCCCGUGCUGGCUCGAAAUCCUCCUCAACAACCACAGAUAACACACACAAACUGAUGAACAUUGAAAGCCAGUCACAGACUCAGAGCCAAAAGAUGCACCCAGAGACUGGACACACCCCACAAACAAUCCCAAAUAUCGUCUACUUAGAUUUAAUAUAAAGUUUUAUAUAUUAUAUGAAAUAUAUAUUAUACUUGUAAAUACUGGAGUCAUUUUUACAAUGUAAUUAUUUAUGUAUGGUGCAAUGAGUACAUGGACAAGUGGAAAAAAACAGAAAUGCACUUUGGCUUUUAUAUAUAUAUAUAUAUAUAUAUAUAUAUAUAUAUAUAUAUAUAUAUAUAUAUAUAUAUAUAUAAGAUUAAGAAUUUUUCAAUACCAUUUUGAAAAAUUAUACAACAAAAUUAGACAAACCUGGUUUUGGUGUAUAGUUUUUAUAUAUUACUAAUAUCCAGACAAAAAGCUAACACCGUUCACACAUUGAUAAUAAAGUAUUCGCAUAAUAUUUGUCUGGAGAUGCUCACUUCUUUUCUAAACAAACAACAGGAAUUUUUCCAUUUCUGUCACUUUCCCUAUUAUGCUUUUGGUGGGCGUGUACAAUGUACUACCUGUGUGAAUAUACUCCAGAAGGUGUGUACACCGGGUGGAGUGGCCCUCAGGCACUUCCACAGGCACCAAAGAGUCUAGCAAAUAAAAGGAGUCAGUGUGAAAGUA